CCAUUCCAAAUCAAACCCAACCCAACAAAAAGCAUUCACAAUAGUAUAUUUCAUAUACAACAAAAGGCAAAAAAAAACAAAAAAGGAAAAGAGAAAAAAGGAAAAAACACAAAGAGGAAAAAUGUCUCUCAUCACAGAAGAGCUGAAAGCCAAAGCUGAUGAAGUGUAUUAUGGUGACAAGAUCUCACAAGAGAAAACAAGGCUUCUUCUAAAAGAAGUGGGACUUCCAAAUGGGCUUUUGCCAUUGAAAGACGUAAUAGAAUGUGGCUAUGUGAAGGAGACUGGCUUCGUUUGGAUGAAACAAAAGAAAGCCAUAACCCACAAAUUCAACAAGAUUGGUAAGCAAGUGAGUUAUGCAAAAGAAGUCACUGCCAAUGUAGAGAAGAAUAAAGUCAAGAAUUUGACUGGUGUUAAGGCUAAGGAGGUUUUGAUUUGGCUCACUUUGUCCGAGAUCUAUGUGGACGACCCACCAACCGGGAAUAUUACCUUUAAGAUCCCUACUGGGCUCUCCAGGGCUUACCCGGUCAAUGCAUUUGAGGUCGAGGAGGAGGAGACGGCCACGGCAACGGAGAAGAAGGAAGUGAAAGAGGAGGAGGGAGUGAAGGAGAAGGAGGUGAGAGAGGUGAGUAAUGGAGGGAGUGUGGUGGUGAAUGUGAAAGAGGUUUGAGAAUGCUUAUCUUAAUUUUAGGGUUUCUUAAUGUGGUUAGGGUUGAAAUUAACUUUGUGCUAUUUACCUUAAAUGCUUGUUAAACCAUUUUAUUGGAAUUGGUGAUAAUGAUCAAGAUCAAGAUCAUAUUUAUAAGUAAUAUUUUACCUUUAUUAUGUGAUGAAGCUAAUUUAAGGGUUGAAGUUAUUUUCAUUAAAAUAUGAUCUACUUUUGCA